GUAAUGUCAUCAUGGAUGCGUGACAACGUGUACACACAGUGAAUUUAUAUGCGGGAUAUUUUUGAAGACAUGAUCCAUGAAGUCCACAAGUACAUUUCAUUACCUUCUGUUUUCUGAGCUGCCGGCUUUUAAAUGUCACUAGUUAAUCAACGGUUGGUGAAUACAACUGUCACACAACGGUUGUAACAUUAGCUAAACGGAUCACGUUUUGUUGAACUGUUUACCUGCUGGAACUAUCUGUUAAGCCACUAUGCCAGUGUUCUGCAGCAGCUGUGAAAACAGGAGAGCGGUGCUGAAACGUCCAAAAACCGGGCACUCUGUCUGCAAAGAAUGCUUCUUCUGGGCAUUCGAAGAGGAGGUGCAUCACACCAUCGUAUCUGCGCGUCUUUUUAACCGCGGUGAGACGGUGGGCAUCGGAGCGUCGGGCGGAAAGGACUCCACUGUCCUGGCCCACGUGAUGAAGGUUCUUAACGAGCGCUACGACUACGGACUCAACCUCCUCCUGCUGUCUGUGGACGAGGGCAUCACGGGCUACCGCGACGAUUCUUUGGAGACGGUGAAGAGGAAUCAGCAGCAGUAUGACCUGCCGCUGAAGAUCGUGUCCUACGAGGAGCUCUAUGGCUGGACCAUGGACGCCAUCGUCAAGCAGGUGGGACUCAAAAACAACUGCACGUUCUGCGGAGUGUUCAGGCGGCAGGCCCUGGACAGGGGAGCCAUGAUGUUGAAGGUGGACAAGAUCUGCACAGGUCACAACGCGGACGAUGUGGCCGAGACGGUUCUGAUGAAUGUGCUGCGCGGCGACAUUGCCCGUCUGCGCCGCUGCACGGCCAUCAGCACGGCGAGCGAGGGCGACGGUGUGAUCCCGCGCUGCAAGCCGCUCAAGUACGCCUACGAGAAAGAGAUCGUGCUCUACGCCUACUUCAAGAAGCUGGACUACUUCUCCACCGAGUGCAUCUACUCGCCCAACGCCUACCGCGGCCACGCCCGCACCUUCCUCAAGGACCUCGAGGCGGUGCGGCCGAGCGCCAUCAUGGACGUCGUCCACUCGGGCGAGCACCUGUCGGUGCGCGAAGACGUGCGCAUGCCCGUGCAAGGCACCUGUGCCCGCUGCGGGUACAUCUCCAGCCAGGCGCUCUGCAAGGCCUGCGUGCUGCUGGAGGGACUCAACCGAGGCCUGCCGCGCCUCGGCAUCGGCAAGCAUCACCGGCUCCACGGCAAGAUCCUGGCGCAGGAGCCGCUCACUGAGCGGGAGGAACGCAAGCUGCGAGCCGUGGAUUUCUGACAGGGAGGGGACGAGGCCUGAACUAAGUACAGGCUCAAACUCCAAGCCCUGCUCGUCAUCCAGCCACUGGCACAGGAAACCAAGUCUAUCAUUUGGUCUAAACCUCACAUUGUUAACCGAGCAUGACAUUCAAGACCUGGCAGACACUUGUGUAAAACCACACUCAUUUAAGGAGCUCGUACACUGCUCCAACAAACGCCAACAUACUCCAACAGUUGUGUCAGUGUGGGCCGGUCGUCUGUGUUUGUUGGCGUUUGUUGGAUGGAGUCGUUAAGAGUUUGACAUGACAGUUGGUUUUAUGAACAAAAGACUACCAACUGACAAUUUUCAACAGCUGCCAACUUUAGAAUGUUGGAGUUUGUUGGUAUUUGUUGGAGCAGUGUGCAAGGCUAACCCAUACUGUAUGUCAGUCGUUUUGGAGUAGGCCUUGCUAUUGCUGGUGUGAAACAGGUGAAGUUUAUUCAAAGGGAAACUGGUUCAGGUGAAACAUCUGCUAAUAUGAAGUGUUGGCUUUAAGGAGACAUUAGGACCACCAGGUCAUAUUUUUUUUUUUCCAUAUCAUAAUGAUUAUCUUCAGAGAUGUUUAUUAUUUAGGGUUUCGUUGUUUUAUGUACGACACAUGGUCUGUUAGUCUUCCCCAUUUCUGAAGCAUUUUUACUAUGCACUAAACAUGUGCUUGAGAAACCUGAUUGUGUUUUCACUGAUUUUAUUUAAUUGUUCCCUUUCCACAUCUCAAUAAUCCCAGACCCCUAGUGUUCAUCGUCAUUAUCACACCUACCUCUUCCCUGAUGAUUGGUUUGGUCUGUGGUUUCAUGUUGUUCUCAGGAACUGGACUCCAUGCAUUAACUCCACCAUGACCUCCUCACGGACAGCAUAAUAGUCCCGCUCCAUCAGGAAAGGGUCCAGUAUUUUGUCAACUGGUUUUCAAAGUAUGUGGUUUAGUGACAAACCUUGGCAAGUUAACUCUGAGUAAGAGGUAAACCAUUUAAACCAUGAGAGCCCCAGGGCUUUGUUUUGCCAGGAGAGUGCCAUAGGGAUCACUCUCCUGUGUGUGUGUGAGGGAGUGGGCUUGUGUGUGUGUGUGUGUGUGAGGGAGUGUGUCCUGCCACUUGUGUUCAUUUGGCAUAUCCCAAUAAACUCUUAUUAAACCAUUUA